CAAUUAAGCGCCAACCCAACGGUCACCCAGAAUGCUGUCAAAAUAGCACGCUCCACAAGCUUCGAGCUCCAGCUGCCUUCUUCCGUAGGAUCCUUCCUUCCGCUCCCAUCCAUGUCCUCCUCGUGUUUAUAAACUCCUCCCCACCCAAGCAAAGCAAAGCACCUCACCUCAGCACUACUCUUCCAAGUUCCAAGCAAGCUUCUGCCCGUUCCUUGGACCUCAGCUCUCACCACCAUCCUCGACAUCUAGGCAGCUCAGACACUCGAGGAAGGAGGAGAAAGAAGGAAUGGGGUUCGUGCUGGUGAUCUCCCUGCCCUUCAUAUUCUUCACCGUCCUGCUCGGCUUCGGCUGCUACUUCUUCGGCAAGCACAGGGGCCGCGAGGAGAUGCGCACCGGCGUCGGCGCGCAGAUCUACGGCACGCCGCUACCGCCGCCCGGCGCCCCCGCGCCUGUGCCGCCGUUCCCGAUGAAGAACGAGGGGCCAGAUGGCGUCUGAUUGAUCUAUCGGUCGAGCUCCUCCGGCUGGAACGCGACAGAGAGUUGCCGUGUUGAUCUUGAUUUUGCUGGGUUGGAUUGGACCUGUGUGAUAAUUUCUUGCUUGUGUUGUAUGGACCUGUGUGAUAAUUUGUAAUCACAGUUUGUGCUUUUUAUAUGAGAUGUGCAGAUCGAUGCAACUGAAUGGUUUGUGAUGAA